AUGAGCCGCCUUGGGACGCCUUCUCCUCCUACUGCUCGGGCGCUUCGGUCUAUUGUCACCGUAAUACAAGGACCAAGCUCGCGCAACACAGCCCCAAGGGUGGGGGGAGAGAAACCUCGACGUUCGCUGAACACAACCGCAUUCUUCGCUGUCUCUAGUUUAAUUGCCAUUUGCACAGCCUUGGGCGUGGCUACCAACUCUGUGAAGGAGAAGGCUGAUGUUGUUUUGCGGUUUUUCGUCGGAUUCACUGAAAUCGUCUUUGUCAUAAUGAGAAAAAUAUUUUGGUUCGCACCUAUAGGCAUUGGCAGUCUUAUCGCUUCCGCCAUCGCUGGAAUCACGGACAUUACCGAAGCGUUUUCUCGUCUCGGGCUGUUUGUCUUGACGAUACUUGUCGGCCUUCUCAUCUACUCGCUUAUCGUUCUUCCCUUGAUUCUCUUUGUCCUGACCAGAAGAAACCCGUUUGCCUUCAUCGUUUCCAUCGUCAGAGCCUGUUUAAUGGCAUUCGCUACCUCAUCUUCAGCGGCAGCGAUCCCGGAUAUGCUUAUAGCUUGUGAGGAAAAGAAUCAUAUAGAUAAACGAGUGACUCGUUUUGUGAUUCCUCUAUGUGCGACCUUGAACCGCGACGGUAGCGCCCUCUACGUCGCGUGUGCGGCAGUUUUCGUGGGUCAGAUGAUGUUGGGGUCGAUUUCUGUCGCCGAAGCAUUUGUGAUUUGGAUUCUAACUUCUGUUGGUUCUUUGGCCAUUCCACCUGUGCCGAGUUCCGCCUUAGUGACGUUAAUAAUAAUUCUGACGUCAUUGGGCAUCCCGUCCGAUGGAAUAAGUCUGUUGUUUGCCAUUGAUUGGCUUAUGGACCGUUUCAGAACCUAUUGCAACAUCAUAAGUCAGACGUUUUGUGCGGCUGUGACGUACCAGUUCUGCAAGAAAGACUUGGCACAGAUCGACCAGGCAGACAGUCAUCAAGAGACCCAGAUAACCUGAUGCAUCCAUGCUGUUAGGUGCGGAUCCAGAAGUGUGUGUGUGUGUGUGUGGGUGGGUGUGGGGGGGGGGGGGGUGUCGAGCGGCGUGCCACCUCUAGUUCCGCCGACAAUGUAGCACCCACCCCUAUCACAAGACCCAGGAUCUGAAUCUUGUUGUCAUUAAUGCUGUGAACGCAUUUAUCUUAAAGUAGGCACGCUGUAAUUCUGUGGAUAGAUCCAGAGAAAGUGUCUGCUCAUUAAAGUAACAAUAAUUCAACUUUACUUCAUUUCACACGUCAUCAGGCACAGCGGACGCAAGUAGACAUUGGAAGGGAUGGGGGUGGGUUGGCUGACUGAGAUAAAGGCGCAAAGCAAAAUUGUAGGGGGUUCAAGGAGUAUGCUUCCCCGUAACAUUUUGAAAACUAGAUAUCUUGAAAUGCAAUUUCCUGCAUUCUAGAAGUAAAAUGCAUUUCUAAAUUAAGAUUUACUACCAAUCAUAUUUUUGAUUCAGAAUUAAUGGAGGGGCUAGAGCCCCCCACCCCAGCUCCCACCUGCUUCGCCGUGCCUGUCAUGGAUGGAGUUAUCAGCAUUAGGUGAAAACCUAUUUCAUAAAACAGGAACAAGAGAAUGUUCUGUACCGGGUUUGGGGUAUUUAUUUUAAUUAAUUGAUUAAAUUAAAAUAUUUUAUUUGGUAUUUGGUAUCUGAGUAUUUGUCUAUAGUCUGUCCCAUCCUCCUCUAAUUUUGUUUUGUAAAUAAUUUCGGUUUGGUUUGAUAUAUGAAGUAGUAAGAAAACGACGCUUCCAGCGUUAUGGCCACCAAUUUCGUUAAGUGUAGUCUUGAUACGAGAUAACUCUAUGUGAUUAAUUUCACUACAGAGGGAGCAACAAGAAAAUAAUCUGAAUUAUCUCAUCAUAGCAAGAUUAUACCAGUCGAUAA